GUUUAGCGCCGGGUCAGGAUACCCAGUACCAGGGGAAGUGACUGACUACGAUCCUACAAAUCACAUUAUUACUGUCAGGACUUCAUCAAAGACGGGAACUGAGGAGGUGUUUCAAGUGUCAGGGACCACAAUGGCUGCCGUUGAACCAAGAGAAGAACUGGGGGAGGAGGGGGUAGAUGAUAUGAUUACAUUAAAUGACCUGAAUGAGGGAUCAUUACUGUGGAACUUGAAGAUCAGAUAUGAGAGGGAACAGAUAUAUACCUAUGUGGGCAGUAUACUGGUUGCUGUGAACCCAUACAAGAUGUUUGAUAUGUAUGGUCUGGACAGAGUUAAACAGUAUGAAGGACAAGUCCUGGGAACUCUGCCUCCACAUUUGUUUGCCAUUGGAAGUGCAUGCUACAGCAAGAUGAUCAAGGAUGAGCAGAAUCAGGUGGUAGUUAUCAGGUAAGAAUGUCUAAAAAUA